GUAUGUGUGUCUGUCUCUCCACCACGCCCCCCUCAUCUUUCAUCCCAGUGCUCCUAUAGGUUCGGUUCAAAGGUAACAAAAAGACUGGGGGCUCUAUAAAGAUCCCGUUUGCUCUCUCCGCCUCCCUGCUCUCCCUUUUCAUUUCUUCGGCCCGUCUCGUUCGUACCAGCAAAACACCAAAAUGCCCAGCAAGAGGAAGAAGAACAAGCGUCGCAUGAGGAGGGUGCAGGCCCAGAGGAGAGCCCUCGAAGAGCAGCAUGCAGCCAACCCACUAGUCAAAGCGAGCCCUGCAAUUGCAGUGAGUGCGCCCCCUGCAGCAACCCCAAAGAAAGCGACUAAAACUCGAGCGCCAGCUCCAGAAAAGAUCCCAAAGCCUACUCCGAUUGUUGUCCCCAUUGUAGAGACCCCCAAAGUAGAAAUAAAACCAGUUGUAAAAGAACCUGUCACAGAGCCCGUCCCAGUCGAGGUAAAGGCACCAGAACCUGAAGCUGUGGUGUUGGAACAGACUCCAGCAGAAGUCGAGGUUGAAGUCCCAGUCCCGGUCACUGAAGAAGCACCAGUCAUUGAGACUCUGCCAGCAGAGCCCAUUGUAGUUGAAGCUGAGAUAGUACAGGAGGCUGAACCUAUCAUUCCCGAAACAGAACCAUUAACUGAGGUCAUACCCCCAGCUGAGGCUCCAGUGGUGGCUCCUGCUGAGACUGAGAUUCAGACAGAAGAAACUACAAUCAUAACAACAGAGACUGAACAGACACAUGAUGUCUGCGAGCCAGAGACUGAAGUGGAGGUUGAGACCUUGGCACAGGAAGAGCCAGCCGUCGAGGUUGAGGUGGAAGUGGCUGCCACAGAAGUCACCGAAGAACCAGUGGUAGAAGCACAGACUUGUGACCAAGUUUGUGCUGAAGCAGAACUCGCUGCUGAUGAGGUGGUUACAGAAACAGAGGUGGAACCAGUGGAGGAAGCUGUCACAGAGGUACCUGAGCCAGAACAGGUGAUCGAAGCCGUGGUCAGUCCUGCAUCCCCAGAAGAGGAUGAUGCUGAAGUAGAAGUGUUGGCAGAAGAAGUGUUGGCAGAAGAAGUGUUGGCAGAAGAAGAGGCUCCCGAAGUCCUCUCUGAGCCUGUUACGAUGACAGAGGUGCCAGUCACCAUCCCUGAGGCUCCGGUAGAAGAGGUACAAGCCCCUGUACCUGAAGUCAUAGAGGCUCCUGCCACCCAGGACAAUGCUGACAGCCUGGUCGAUGACUUUGUUGUCACAGAAUCUGCCUCAGUGGUGGAGGACGCCAUUGCUGAGUCUGCUGCUGUCCAAGCGGAAAUUGUGGAAAUGAGUGACAACCUCGACACCCAAUCAGAAUCUUUGGAUGUGACGCCCAUUUUGCCUGAGCCUGAGCCCAUCUGUGAGCUUCAGACUGAGCCCGAGCCCAUCUGUGAGCUUCAGACUGAGCCCGAGCCCAUCUGUGAGCUUCAGACUGAGCCCGAGCCCAUCCCUGUGCCUCACGCUGAGCCUGAGCCUGAGCCCGUGCCUGAGUCUCACGCUGAGCCUGAGCCCGUGCCUGCACCUCAGGCCGAGCCUGAGCCCCAGCCUCAGGCUGAGCCCGAGCCUAAGCCCGAGCCCCAGCCAGAAGCUGAGCCCAAGUCUGAACCCGAGCCUGUGCCUGAGCCCAGUCUUGCCCCUGCAGAGGAAAUUGUCAUUGAAAGCGCUGCUAAGCAGACAUGUCUGGAUGCGCUGUCAGAAGAGCCUAAGAAAGAAAUCUGUGACAUGCCAUGUCAGAUGCAGCUCACAGUGGAGUCUGUGGAGAUGUCAGUGGAGGCAUCAAUGAAUGGACACAUUGUUCCAGAGGUCUCCAUUGAGGGCUAGAUACACAACACACAGUUUGAAAAAACCCUUUUGUCUUUAUUCCCCUUUGGUCAUUUGGAGGACUCAAAGCUUUACAGGGAGUCGACCAGCUGAUUUAUUUUUUAUUUUUUAGGGCUUACGACAGAACCACCAGGAAAUUGAAGGGACAUCCACGCUUUGAAGUGCCUUUCAAAGGCCCUUGUUCCUGUCAAAACCAAAUGUCAACAUGCCCAAACUGCUGCAUUCAAGGCACUGUUGUCAUUAAGUGUGCAUAAAUGGAACAAACAUAUUGUGACUUUUUUUUUUGUAUUUCUCCCUAAAUGCACGUACAGUGAAUUUGCAUUAGCAGUGGAAGCAGAAGUGUGUGAGAGAUGGAGACUCCUAAAACAAGAAAAAUGGUAGUACCUGAUAUUUCUUGGCAUGUUUUCAUCUCUCCAGAACAUCUCUUUCCAUGCUGCAUACACUCAAUACAUGUGAAAUCUGUGGCAUCGAUGAAUGUUGCUAUAGUUUGUACUUGAGUCUGUGUUCAUAAGGGUGGGAGGGACAACACGUUCUGUUUUGUUCACAUUUUGAAAUAAAAGAUUUUGUGCACCAGACCCUUUUUACUCUCGGAGACACGUCUACAAAUUUCCCCCUUUACCUUCAUUUCGUCUUCCGCUUCUUAUCUCUGUCUCCAUAAGUGCCAGUGCUAAGAUGUAGCUUUUAUGGUCACGGGAGCUUGGACAGAGUUUGAGAGGAUGAGAUGAGAGAUGACUUUCUUUUUCCUUUUUCUCACAUUCUCCUUUUUUUAAAUUCCUUUUGUAUAGACCAUAUGAUGUGCUACAGUUUUGUGUUCAAAGUCUGUACAUUGGAGGGGAAAUGUAAUGUAAUCUGGUCAUGUGGAUCCACCUUUGAAAUAAAGCUGUAACUCAUCGUGA